AUGUUUGAUCGCUUCACACCAACAAUAAAUAAUCAUGAUAAUGAAUUGAAUCUUGACGAUGAAGACGAAGAUAAUGAAGAGGAUAAUAGUGAUAGUAUUGACAGCAUUCUCAUUGAUGAUGAAAAAGCAAAUGAUAUUAUUGGUGGUCAACAAGAUGGAGAUAAUGAUAGUACAACGACGAUAAAAGCAAAUUUUUAUGAUAUGAAAAUUUGUGAGGAAAUUGAACCACGUCAACAAGAUGCUUAUUUCAAGGUACAAAUUAAUGUUGUUAAAAAAGCUGUUAGCACAAUUCUUGUAAGAUUAAAGCCUGAAACGCGAUCGAUCUGCUUAGGUGAUAAAUGA